UAAACCGGGAUUGACGAUCGCUGAUAUAUCCCACAAUGCAGCGCUGCAUGCUAUAAAGCCAGCGGCCUCCUUCGAAUAAGCAGCAGUCUUGUCAUGGCGACGAGGUUGCUGGUUAUUGCCCUGAGAGAAAUGCAGUGAGUCCUGUCGUCUUCCAACCCAAUAUUCUACCUAAAAAAAUGAUAAAAAACCGGCUUAAAGACAAAGAUGGAUACACGAGAAGAGCUGGAUGUGUCUGUUUUAAAAGCGAGCAGGAGGAAGAGGUGCUGUUAGUUUCGAGUUGUCGACAUCCUGGUAGAUGGGUGGUCCCUUCUGGAGGUGUCGAACGUGGUGAAGACUGGAAAGAAGCUGCUGUUCGGGAAGUUGAAGAAGAAGCUGGAGUUCGUGGAACGCUUGGUCGUUUUGUUGGAGAAUUCCAGAACGAUGUCAACCAAACUCGAACGGCUGUUUACGUCUUAAUUGUCACAGAAAUGCUUGAUAAGUGGGAAGAAGAUCGCACCAGGUCUUGGUUUCCCAUAGAAACUGCAAAAGAAAUGUUGAAUGCCAAACCAUAUCAGCAAGAAUACUUGGAUAAAGCUUGUAGCAACAGGUGACAAAGCAAGCCCAACCAGUAGAGCUGGUUUGUAUUGUCUUAAUGUUGAAGCAGCAAAGAGUGUCUUUGUAAAAUUAUGUAAUUGUUUGAGUCAGAGUUUUGAUUUUUGUAUGUUACUUUUGAAGCUUUUGCCUCUGAGUAGUGAUAAGCAUAUUUAUCCUUUUAAUCAUAUCAAAUUUCUAAACUGUGUAAUUACAGUGAAGUAGCUCUAUAGUUACCUUAAUAGUUGUCAGAUCUUGGGAGCUACAGGAUUUUAAACAGAUAGUUGAGGGUAAAUAAGAAAGUGCUUUAGUUAUUCAAAGUAACCAGUAAUGUAUCCAAAGAAAAAAAGUCUGUUUUAUCUCAGAAACGAAGAUGUAGACGCAAAAAGUAACUCCAAACAGAGAAAUUAUCAGUAUACACUGUCAUAUAGUUAUAUUUUCAUACCUUGUGACAAUACAUUUUUUGUUCAAUUGGUUUUCAAAUGUAUGGCUGGUUAAUUCAAGCUUUGAUGGAUAGCACUCUCUUAGACUUCACGUGGUGUGAUUCUGUUUGGUAGAUGGACAUGUACAUGUAAUUUACCUGAAACUCUUCAAGUGCCAUGAGUUACCAACUUGCAUAUUAAUCUUGUAUUACAAUACUUGUACUUACUCAAGAAGAUUGUCUGUGUGAAUGAAUAACAAUCGAGAAAGGGUAAUGGUCUUUUUUCUCCUCUUAGAAAUUAGUUUCUGGUCACAGCUGGAACUUGAAGGGUUUAUGUGAUAACACACAUGUACAUUAUUUGAAGAAAGUAUCACUGGACAGUAGUUGUGAGAAAUUUAGUUAAGGGUUCAGUCACAUGUUAUGUACAAAGGAGGUUGGGGGAUGGUUGUUUUGGUGAUGAAAGUGAGCAAAAAAGUAAGGCAGAGUGCAAAAAGUUUGCUUUCCUUGGAAAGGCCAAAGUAAUAACUCAGAGUAAAAAAACUCUAGUAUAUUAUAUUCAGGUAACAAUGUGAUAUGUAUAUGAAAUAAUUUUAGAAUAUAUGACAAUAAGAGACAGUUGUGUUUGCUCCAAACUUGGUAGUUAAUCACCUUAUAAGUGGGCCUGUGUUAGUGAUUCUUUGCCAUGGGUUAACUCAAAAUUUCAUAACUUCUUUCAGAAAUAAUUUCUUCUCUUCUAUGUUUGGAACUGAUGUUACUUGUUAGGGACCGAGGCCCUUCUUAAACUGAACACUGUAAUUGUAUUUUUCUAGAGUGAUAUAAUUAUUUAAAUUGCCAGUGGUUUUGUUGAUUGAAGUCUGAAUCUGAUAUGUGUAUUUCUUUCAGACUCUUUUUAUGAUGAUUGUAUGAUUUGAUUACUCUGAGUUUUGUAUUUUCAUGCUACUGAGUGCAAUGAUUACAUCAGUUUUUUCAAACCAAUCAUAGUGUAGUUUACCAAAACCUGUGCAAUCCAGGAUUACUUACCAUACUCAACUGAAAAUUGCUCCAAAACUUGAAAUAUAACAUCAUUUAGAUGUUUUCUUUUUCCUCUAUAGUAGAGUUUAAGUUCUGAACAAAAGACUGUUGACGUAGUUGUGUGUAUUUUGUUAACUAUCUUAGAAUGUUUAUGUAAUUGUGUAAGAUGUAGUGGUGAAGGGCCUGUAACACAAAGUCCAAUGAAAGUUAUCUGAUUGAAUGGUCCCAAACAGUAAAUACAAGACUGCUAAAUUCUUCCACUCAUGAAAGUGAUCUAUAUGUAUUUUCUCACUGUGAUUCCAAUAUGUUAUCCUGUAAUCAGGUUAUGAGAUCAGAUGUGGUAGUUUGCUAGCAAAUAGUGAGUGUUCUCCUGACAUAACCCCAAAUUCUCUUGUCUAAUUUGCAAGAAAUUGUAGAGUAGUCAGUUGGGAGAAUAUCUUAUUGAAUCUUGGGAGUUGUAGAGUCAAUGACAAAGUCAUACUUAUGUUAGCUCCACAACUAUUACAUCAGAGUGAGAAAAAAAUUAAGCAAAAGCCAAAAUAAAAGAGUCUGUAUAAAGAGAUUAUUCAAUGCAUACUCAAUCACAAGUCAUUUGUCUUUCAAUUUAUACCAGAAGGGUCUUUUUUUAUAAAAAGUAAAUGGAAUUGUUGUGAUACAGUGUUCUGUUACAGCCCUUCAAUUACAGCAAACUAUUGACCAUUAAGAUAUUAAUUUGUUCGAAACUUAAAUGAGUUCAAGUACCCUGGGGUUUCAAUAACUUUUUACUCAAUAAGCAGCAGAAAAUGGUUUAAUAGGAAGCUGUGCUGCAAGGUGAAUCCCAAACACUAGAGCUUGCUUGUAAACCAGACAGAUGGUGGAAAGAGGCCUUGCAGCUGGUGGUAGACUGCCGGUAACAGACUUUUAUUGCAAACAGAUAAUUUUGGUUCUAUCAACUGAUUUCAUAAUGUAAAAUUAGCCACUGCAAAGAGUUCAAAGCUAUUGCUUUGAGCAUUAGCCUUUCAUCAGAGCAAAGGGUUUGACAAAGGGCUAACGCUCAUAAUGUCAGCUUUGAACUCUUUAUGAUGGCUAAUUUACAUUAGUAACUCAGUUGAUGAAACCAAAAUUAUUGUUUAUGCUCUCCCACCAUCACAGCACCACAGUUUCUUUAGAAACUUAUUUCCUUUUGUUGAAAUCCCCAGGUACUUCAACAGAGAGAUUAGUUCAUACUAUGUGUGGGAUAGUUAACUUUGAUUUUAUAGCGAGGAGCAAUUCUUUAUUAGAAAACUGAUAACUUUGCUAAAUAAAGUACAAUUUAGAGCUAAAAAGUGAAAUUUAUGAUUAUAAAAUAAAUGUAAUGUUUUUUAAGUGUGGAGUUGUGAAAAAUUGAAUCUUAUGAAGCUUUAGAGAUAUUAAAUUAUGUUUGUCAAAAA